UGAGUCUUCUGGUACAUAAUGAUUGUAACCAUGCAGGCUGCACUAUUUUGUGGGGUUUUGUUCUGUGGUUUGUAGAGAUAUCGUCUCUACAACUUGCAUGAGGUCCUUUUUUUCAUGCUUUAUGGUUUAUUGUUCCUGUUGAGGUUUCUGUUGGGAACAGAGAUGCCAAAGAACGGGAACCUUAGCCAGAAUAUUAGUACUUUGAGAGUGACCCCACAACAGUCUCUUCGCCGUCUGGGAAGUAGGUGUUCUCAAUCAGCAACAGGGCAGCAGUCCUCCCCAACCAUCUUCCCAGAAAAACGGAGUAAGCUUAAAAGUUUGGGGCGAAGUGAGGCCAAUGUUGUCAAUGAUGAUCCAGAAAAAAUGAAGACACAAGGGCACAGGAUUGAUAUAGGUGAUGAGAAGUCUGAUUUAUUGGGACAUGUUUUGUUUUCUGGGAAGCUAGUUUUGGAUAAGAGGAUGACCAACUCAAGUGCUGAUGUGCAAACAUCCACAGAGAUUACAGACAAGGAUGUUGUUGAUGCCAAACUUACAAGCAAGGCAUUAGUUUGGGGAUCUAAUAUGCUGUGCGUGGAGGAUGUGAUCUCUGUAACCUAUAGUAUUGGUCUCAGGCAUUUUACUGUGCAUGCAUACCCAGUGAGAAAGAGAUCAUGUGGAAUUUCUUGUUUUGUGAAGCCUCAGAGAACUCGGAAGGACUUCCGCUUCCUAGCUUGUAGUUCAGAGGAAGCUUUUCAAUGGGUUAGUGGGUUUGUGGAUCAGCAGUGCUUUGUGAAUUGUUUACCGCAUCCCUUAGUUUCUUCCAAGAAGCAGGCUUCUAACAUGAUUGCAAGUGAUUUUCCCCCUAAACCACAUAUGAAAUGUAAAAGUCCUCCAAAAGUGCUUGUAAUUCUAAAUCCACGUUCUGGACAUGGUCGUUCGAGUAAAGUUUUCCAUGGCAAAGUUGAACCAGUAUUUAAGCUUGCAGGAUUCAAGAUGGAGGUAGUAAAAACAACAUAUGCUGGUCAUGCUAGACAUCUUGCCUCAACUGUUGACUUCAGUACCUGCCCUGAUGUUUCCUCAGGAAUCAUAUGUGUUGGAGGUGAUGGAAUUGUUAACGAGGUUCUGAAUGGUCUACUUGGAAGAAGCAACCAGAAAGAAGCAAUUUCAAUUCCAAUUGGAAUCAUUCCUGCUGGUUCUGAUAAUUCUCUAGUUUGGACUGUUUUGGGUGUUAGAGAUCCUGUUUCUGCUGCGAUUGCAAUUGUAAAGGGUGGUCUAACAGCCACAGAUGUUUUUGCUGUUGAGUGGAUACAGACUGGUACCAUUCACUUUGGGAUGACAGUCUCAUACUAUGGUUUUGUGAGUGAUGUACUUGAACUCUCAGAGAAAUAUCAGAAGCGGUUUGGUCCGCUACGCUAUUUUGUGGCUGGUUUCCUCAAGUUCUUAUGCUUGCCUAAGUACAGCUUUGAAGUGGAAUAUCUUCCUGCAGCACAAGAGGCAUCUGAGCUACAAGGAGCUGUUUCAGGUGCUCAUGAUACAGUUGAUGUUUCUGACCUGUACACAGACAUUAUGAGGAGAUCAAAUGCAGAAGGCAUUCCCAGAGCAUCCAGUCUAUCAAGUAUUGAUUCACUAAUGACCCCUAAUCGAAUGUCUGGAGAUUUGGAUAUGCCUGGCAGCACACAUGUCAGCACUGAACCAUCUGAGUAUGUCCGUGGCCUUGAUCCAAAAUCAAAGCGUCAAUCGUCUGGAAGGAGUAAUGCAAUGGCAGAACCAGAAGAAGUUCUGCAUCCUCAACUGCCACUGUCAGCAACUCCUAACUGGCCGAGGACAAGGUCAAAGUCAAGGGCAGAUAAAGGAUGGACUGGAUUGACUACAACCCAUGAUCCCACUAGAUCAUCUUGGGGGAAUCCGUCAAUCAAUGACAAGGAGGAUAUUUCAUCAACAAUGUCUGAUCCAGGUCCCAUGUGGGAUACUGAACCAAAGUGGGAUACUGAGCCCAAUUGGGAUGUAGAGAACCCUAUUGAGCUCCCAGGGCCAUCAGAUAAUGUUGAACCAGCAAGCACAAAGGAAAUUAUCCCAAAAUAUGAAGAGAAGUGGGUUCUUAAAAAAGGGCAAUUCCUUGGUGUUUUGGUAUGCAACCAUGCCUGCAAGACUGUUCAGACUGUACAAGUGGUCGCACCAAAAGCAGAGCAUGAUGAUAAAACCUUGGACUUACUGUUGGUUCAUGGGAGUGGGCGUCUGAGGCUCUUAAGAUUUUUUUUGUGUCUGCAGUUAGGUCGACACCUGUCAUUGCCCUAUGUAGAGUAUGUCAAGGUAAAGUCGGUGAAGAUUAAUCCUGGUAAAAACACACAUAAUGGCUGUGGCAUUGAUGGUGAACUUCUGUCAGUCAAUGGACAGGUCAUCUCUUCUUUGCUUCCUGAACAGUGCAGACUUAUUGGUCAUCCCCCUAGCCAUUGCAAAUAAAGACCGAAGCACCUGAUUUUUGGUGAUCUUUCAAGUUUGUCUGAGAGUAUGCUCUGAUUCACUUCUAACAACAGUGCAGUGUGUUGUGGUGGAAUAUUCAGAGCAUUCACAUGCUGAAGGCCAUCCUUUUCUGGCCAUUUUGUUCUGUA